AUGCAGCUGGAAGGGCACACGGGGAGACAAACGGCCUCUGGGGUGCCCCAGCCUACUGGGGAUGCUGCAGCAGCGCCAGCAGCAGCAGCAGCAGCUGCUGCUGCUGCUGCUGCUUGCAGCGCGGCGCUAACAUUGUCGCGUCAAACUGUUGCUGCUGAUGCAUCGCAGCAGCUGCUGCAACAGACCGCAGCUGAAAUCCUCAGCAGCAGCUCUGCUGCUGCAACACCUGCUGCAGCCAAUCCUGUUGCCUGGGUGCAGCUAGGCACAACGCAGCAGCAGCAGCAGCAGCAGCAGCAGCAGCAACCUGUUGUGCAGACGCACGUGUUGAUCCAUACUUUUGCUGCUGGGGAAGCUGAUCUUGCUGCUGCGCUGCGGCGCGUUGCUGCCUCCUCUGGAGGCAGCAUCGUGCUGAAUACGCUGCAGCAGCAGCAGCCGCAGCAGCAGCAACUGCAGCAGCAGCAGCAGCAGCAACUGCAACAGCAACAGGGGAACCUCGUGCCUGCUGUUUACGAUGCAUCUGUUCAACAUGCAGCAGCAGCAGCAGCAGCAGCAGCAGCAGCAGCAACACCGCAAACCCUCACCGCCGCGCCCUUCGCAUCUUAUAUCACUACCUUGCCUCAGCAGCAGCAGCAGCAGCAGCAGCAGCAGCAACCGCAGCAGCAGCAGCAGCAUGCACAUACAAUAUUUCUGCCGCCUGCUCCUCUAGAGUUCCGUCAUCUGCGCACAAUCGCCGAUCCACUGCAGCUGCAACGAAAGCAGCAGCAGUUGCUGCAGCGGCAGCAGCAGCAGCAGCAGCAGCAAAGACCUGCUCGCAUGCACACGAGCCCGGCGAUUCUAUCGGCCCCAUAUGGAGCCACCGUGCUGCAGCCGACUCCACGCGCAGCUCCAGAAGCAGCAGCAGCAGCAGCAGCAGCAGCUGCUGCUGCUGCUGCUGCUGCUGCUUCGGGUGUAGCAGCUGCACUCCCUCAGUCCGCGCCCCCACUAGCUAAUCCAGAGCCGUACACAGAACAGCAGCAGCCGCUGCUAAUGACGCAACGAACACUGCAGCAGCAGCAGCAGCAGCCGCAGCAGCAGCAGCAACUAGCUGCUACGCCACAGCAGCAGCAGCAGCAGCAGCAGCAACCGCAGCAGCAGCAGCAGCAUACACAUACCAUUUUCAUGCCGCCUGCUCCUCUAGAGUUCCGUCAUCUGCGCACAAUCGCCGAUCCGCUGCAGCUGCAACGAGAGCAGCAGCAGUUGCUGCAGCAGCAGCAGCAGCAGCAGCAGCAGCAAAGACCUGCUCGCAUGCACACGAGCCCGGCGAUUCUAUCGGCCCCAUAUGGAGCCACCGUGCUGCAGCCGACUCCACGCGCAGCUCCAGAAGCAGCAGCAGCAGCAGCAGCAGCUGCUGCUGCUGCUGCUGCUGCUGCUGCUUCGGGUGUAGCAGCUGCACUUCCUCAGUCCGCGCCCCCACUAGCUAAUCCAGAGCCGUACACAGAGCAGCAGCAGCCGCUGCUAAUGACGCAACGAACACUGCAGCAGCAGCAGCAGCAGCAGCAGCUAGCUGCUACGCCAGUGGCGUCGUUCGCAUCCCCCCCACUUAUGAGUGCUGCAACCCCUCUUGUCCUGCAGCAGCAGCAGCAGCAGCAGCAGCAGCAGCAGCAAGCGUUGCCACCCCUCAGAACGCGCAGCGCAGUUUUCUCUUAUCAGCCGAUGCGGAGAAGCAGCAGCAUAGAUCCAGCGAGCGGAGAAGCAGCAACAGCAGCUGCAGCAGCAGCAGCAGCAGCAGCAGCAGCGGUCGCUGCAAGGCCGCGUCGACAGUCUUGGCCCUUCUGCACUGCACCAGCACCACCAGCAUCACCAGCAGCAACAGCAGCAACAGCAGCAACAGCAGCAACAGCAGCAGCAGCAGCAGCAGCAGCCACAGCAGCAGCUAUCUCCCCUCCAAGCACUUCCUGCCGCCGCGGUGUAUCGACAGCCUCGCUGGACUUUCCGCCCCCUCAGCAGCAGCAGCAGCGGAGCUCUCAGCAGCCGCUGCUGCUGCCGCAGGCACCACUGGCCACAGCAGCAGCAGCAGCAGCAGCAGCAGCAGCAACAGCAGCAGCAGCAGGUCAGAGCACUCCUGCUGCUUAUACAGACCCGGCUUCUACAACAACGCAAUCAACUGCAGCAUUUGGCGUCUCCCUCUCGCCCACAACGCAGCAGCAGCAGCAGCAGCAACAGCAGCAGCAGCAGCAGCAGCAGCAGCAGCAAAUGCUGCACCGUCUCGACACCUCGAGUGUAUCUACACCAGGGCCAUCUGCGUCUUGGCAGUCGGCUUAUUCGCAGCCGCAACAGCAGCAGCAGCAGCAGCAGCAGCAAAUGCUGCAGCGUCUCGACACCUCGAGUGUAUCUACACCAGGGCCAUCUGCGUCUUGGCAGUCGGCUUAUUCGCAGCCGAGGCAGCAGCAACUGCAGCAACAGCAGCAGCUGCAGCAGCAGCUGCAGCAGCAGCAGCAGCAGCAGGCAGCAGCUGAAGCCCUGGAAAGGCUACCGGCCUUACAUGCCAUGGGAGCGGCCCCGGCGUCGCUUUCUCUCCGAUCCGUCUCGCCUGUCGCUGUUGCAACGUCACCAUUUCGCUCUACUGGCGUGGAGCCAUGGGAGCGGCCCCGGCGUCGCUUUCUCUCCGAUCCGUCUCCUCCAGCAGCAGCAGCAGCAGCGGCAGCAGCAGCAGCAGCAGCAGCAGCAAGCCCCUUUGAGCACAGCAACGGAGGUCUAACGAGCCUGCUUAGCCGCGCCAGCAGCAGCACAAGCAUACGCCCGUCGGCUGGAGCAUGGAGCCCGGCUGCAGCAGACCCAGUUUCUGCUGCUGCUGCUGCUGCUGCUGCUGCUUGUACACCUGCUGCUGCUGUCCCUCAGCAGCUCCCGGUGAGGCGCAACAGCUACCCAGUCUCUCCCGCUUUGUCUGCAAUGCGUCGACAUGCUGCUGCUGCUGCUGAUGGAGCGAUGAGGGCAGCAGCAGCAGCAGCAAGAGCCCGCAGCGCAGCUGAAGUUGCUGCAAGGGCAGAUAGCCUAGCAGCAGCAUCUGCUGCGAGGAGUCCUGCUGCUGCUUCUGCUGCUUCUUGCUGCAGCAGCACACCGGCGCGCCUCUAUUCUGCUGCCUCUGUUGCUUCAUCCCCGCCAGCUGUGCCGCUGCAGCUUCCGCCUCUCGAUCCUGCUGCUCUGUCUCCAAAGCCGCUGCAGCCGCUGCAGCCGCUGCAGCAGCAGCAGCAGCAAAUGCUGCAGCAGCAGCAGCAGGAGUUGCUGCAGCACUCAGCUGCAGCAACUCCUGACGGCAUCAGCAGCCUCAGCUUGCAAACACUACAGCCGAUGGGGCAGAGGCCGCUGCUGGAUGUCUUCGACACCCCACAAGCACUGCAGCAGCAGCAGCAGCAGCAGCAGCAGCAGCAGAGCCUAAUGUCUCCGUCUGUGAUGAGUACCCAGUCGCCUGCAUCUGCUGCUUCUCUGGCGCGCUCUCAGACUCUCACCAGUGCAGUGCUGCAGCAGCACCUGCAGUCGCAACAGCAGCUGCUACCUCAGCUGCAGCAGCAGCAGCAACAGCAGCAGCUGCUGCAUUCGUUGCAGCAGCAGGCGGCACCUCACGGCACGAGCCCAUUGGGGCAGCAGCAGCUACAUCCCCCUCUCCUGUCUCGCCAGCUGACAUACCCAAAUUCAAUGCAGCAGCAGCAUCAGCAGCAGCAGCCACUACUGCCGCCACUGCUGCAGCAGCAGCAGCAGCAACAGCAGCCAAUACUGCAGCCACUGCAGCAGCAGCAGCAGCAGCAGCAGCAGCACCAAGACGCCUUUCUUGCUACAUCGCCGAUGACCAGCCGGUCGUCUCCACUGACCUCUUAUAAGCCCUCAACACCUCAAGGCACAGCCCCGCUGCUGCCGCUACAGCAGCUGCCGCCACUGCAAUUGCUUACGCUCGACUCUGGAAGCCUCAUAACGUUUGCUGCGGAGACUCCAGCUUCAACGACAGACAACCUGCAGCAGCUGCAGCAGCUGCAGCAGCAGCAGACACUGCAGCAGCAAACAGUACAACAGCAGCAGCAGCAGCAGCAGCAGCAAAGCGCUGACCUAUCCCCUACCAUAUCCCCUUCAAGGGCUGCAGCAGAGCGAGCAGCAGUUGCUGCUGCCAGAGCAACGGCUGCUGCGCAGAACGCUACAGCAGCAUGUGCACGACUGCAGCAGCUGCAGCAGCAGCAGCUGGUGCCUCAAGGGGUAGCAGCAGCAGCAGCAGCAGCAGCAAUGGCUGCUGAGACCGGUGCCUCUACAGCUCAACUAGCAGCAGAAAGAGCAGCGCUUGCUGCUGCAGCAGAUGGAGCAGCAGUUGCUGCUGCAGCAAAACCUACUGCUUCAUUCGGCUCGUCAUUCCUUCGCAGCAACUCGCUCCCUGCAAGCCUGCAGCAGCAGCAGCAGCAGCAGCAGCAAACGAUGCUGCCAGUACGCUUCAACACAGGAGGAAGGCUUCCCCUCAGUCCCACCCCGCGUCUGCUGUCUCCCGUUGCUCUGCAGCUGCAGCAGCAGCAGCAGCAGCAGCAGCAGCAGCAAAGCAACUUCAGCCCGAAGCUGAUAAGAAGAGACAGCACCUCAACUCUUAGUCCAGCAUAUAGAACGCUGCAGCAGCAGCAGCAGCCGCAGAUGCAGCAGCAGCAGCAGCGACAGCAGCCGCAGCAGCCAACACUCUUGCAGCUGCGAGAGCAGCAGCUGCUGCAGGAGCAGCGCAGCCUGCGGCAGCAGCGUCUUGAGCUGGAGAGACAGCUGGCAGAGGAGCAGCAGAAAGGAGACGCUUCUAUAACUAGGACUUUGCAGCAGCAGCAGCAGCAGCAGCAGCAGCAGCAACAGCCAGCUGCUGCUGUUGCUGCACUGCAGCAGCAAACCAGAAUACCUAGCCCUGCCUUCUCUUACACUCGCAUAGACACGGGCCCCACACCACGAAGCGGCGGGAGUAGCAGCAGAUUCAAUACUCUUGAGCAGCAGCAGCAACAACUGCAGCACCU